AUGGCUUCACGGAUUCUGACGAAUUUUAGCCGGUCUGUUUCGCGUUUGCUGUGCGAUCCAAAGAUAUUAAGGAGUGUGGCUACUCGAACAUAUGGUUCGUCAGUUAAAAUACUAGAAAGAACACUGAUUCCGGUUAACUGCCGAAAGGAUUUACAUUCAUCUACGUCAGUAUUAGCUACGGCAGAUGCUGCUAAAAAGGUUGUAUCUCCACCGGUGAAGCCGACUGUAAAAGGUUCGAAGGGACGUAUAGUAGCGGUAAUUGGUGCCGUAGUGGAUGUGCAAUUUGAUGAAGGUUUACCGCCAAUUCUGAAUGGACUUGAAGUAUCUGGGCGUAAACCACGUCUUAUCUUGGAAGUUUCGCAACAUCUCGGCGACAAUGUAGUACGAACAAUAGCUAUGGACGGUACAGAAGGACUUGUUCGUGGGGAUGAAGUCAUAGAUACUGGCGAUCCGAUCAAAAUUCCAGUUGGACCAGAAACUCUUGGUCGUAUCAUGAACGUUAUUGGUGAACCAAUUGAUGAGCGAGGUCCUAUCAAUUCCAAACAUUUUUCUCCAAUUCAUGCUGAAGCACCAGAAUUUGUCGAUAUGAGCGUGGAACAAGAAAUUCUUGUGACUGGAAUUAAAGUUGUUGACUUGCUCGCGCCGUAUGCAAAGGGUGGUAAAAUUGGAUUAUUUGGCGGAGCCGGUGUGGGAAAAACUGUGUUGAUUAUGGAACUGAUCAAUAAUGUCGCUAAAGCGCACGGUGGUUAUUCAGUAUUUGCGGGUGUUGGUGAACGUACUCGAGAGGGUAAUGAUUUGUAUCACGAAAUGAUUGAAGGUGGAGUCAUCGAUUUGAAAGGCAAAAAUUCGAAAGUAUCACUUGUAUAUGGCCAAAUGAAUGAACCGCCGGGAGCACGAGCACGGGUUUGUUUAACUGGUUUGACAGUUGCUGAAUAUUUUCGUGAUCAAGAAGGACAGGAUGUACUGCUUUUCAUUGACAAUAUUUUCCGAUUUACACAAGCUGGUUCCGAAGUAUCAGCGCUGCUUGGGCGCAUUCCAUCAGCUGUAGGUUAUCAACCAACUUUAGCAACAGAUAUGGGUGGCAUGCAGGAGCGAAUCACCACAACCAAAAAGGGUUCAAUUACAUCAGUACAAGCGAUUUAUGUACCUGCUGAUGAUUUAACAGAUCCAGCUCCAGCAACCACAUUUGCUCAUUUAGAUGCUACAACUGUAUUAUCCCGAGGUAUUGCUGAACUGGCUAUUUAUCCUGCCGUAGACCCGCUUGAUUCAACAUCUCGCAUCAUGGAUCCUAAUAUUGUUGGGCAGAAACAUUAUGAUAUUGCUCGCGGUGAUUACAAGUCGUUGCAAGAUAUUAUUGCCAUUCUUGGCAUGGAUGAAUUGUCAGAAGAAGAUAAAUUGGUGGUGUCAAGAGCCCGGAAGAUUCAGAAGUUUUUGUCUCAGCCAUUCCAGGUUGCGGAAGUUUUCACCGGACACAAAGGGAAAUUUGUAACUCUCGAAGAAACAAUCAGAGGGUUUGAACUUAUUUUAAAAGGUGAGAUGGAUCAUUUGCCAGAAGUGGCAUUUUAUAUGCAAGGUGGAAUCGAUGAUGUAGUUGUAAAAGCUGAAGAAUUAGCUAAGCAGUCUGGUUGA